AUGUCCACUACCAUUCCUCCAACCCAAACCGCUCUUAUCCUCUCCGCCCCCGCCACCCCAUUCACCGUUACCACCCGCCCCGUGCCGCACCCUGGACCAGGCCAAGUCCUCAUCAAGGUCCAUGCGGCUGCUUUGAACCCCAUCGACCCACUGAUCCAAAAGAUCGGGUUCAUGAUCAAUGAGUGGCCUGCUGUAGCUGGGAGCGAUGGAGCUGGACAGGUUUAUGCUCUUGGCGAGGGUGUGAGUGAGGUGAGGGUCGGAGAUCGAGUGCUGUUCCAGUGUUUCUUUGCUGCAGAUAGGGGCACGUUCCAGCAAUAUGCUCUCGCGGAAGCCACUCGUGCUAUCAAGUUCCCGACAUCGCUCUCUUACGAUGAAGCAGCCACCAUUCCGCUCUGCUAUCAUACUGCCGCCCUCGGACUUUACGGAACGUAUGAUUUCGCUAUCAAGGGAAUGUCUCACAGGGGUAUCGGACUUGAUAUUCCAGUUGGUGAAGGAGCAGGCAAGUACAAGGAUGAGCCGAUCCUGAUCACCGGUGGCGCGAGUUCGGUCGGGCAGUACGCUAUCCAACUGGCGAAAUUAUCAGGGUUCAACCCCAUCAUAACCACCGCCUCCAAAGCUAACGAACAAUACUGUCUCUCCGCCGGCGCCACACACGUUAUAGACUACAAAUCCGUCCCUUACGCCUCCCUGGGAACACACAUAACAUCUACCAUCACCUCCAAACCGAUCAAAGUCAUCUACGAUGCGAUAUCCAAUGAGGAAUCUCAGGCCGCUACUUGGUCCAUUCUCCCCGACAGCACGGAGGGGCUAGGAGCUGGAGCUGGAGAAGGAGGGAAGUUGAUCCUCACUCUAUGGCCUGCGAAGAGAGGCAAGAAGAAGAAGAGCGUCAGUUGGACGAUUGGGAAUGGGAAUUUCGAGGGGACGAGUGCAGACGCGAAUAAGCUCGCGAGGGCGUUGGAGGGCUGGUUGAUCGAGGGAAAGAUUAAGCCAAACAAAGUCGAGCUCCUCCCCGGUGGCCUCUCAGCCGUAGAAGGCAAUGUGGGCAGGUUUCACAGCGGAGGCGUGAGCGGGGUGAAGCUUGUCGUUAGGCCCUUCGAGACCCCCGUUUAA